AGCCCUCAUUCUCUCUCUUUCCUCUCUGAUUUCUCUCCCCCUUGUUCUCUCUUGCGUGGGGGCGGCUCUUCUACACCAGAUCGGCCACCACAUCGAGAAGUAGUGGUUCAUCGUUCAAUCUCCUCCUCUCUCCCUUCGUUCCUACUUCCAAGUAUCAAUCUGGGCUUCUCCCUCCCUUCUCCGCUUCACGAUCAACCAAUCGCGCGCUGAAGAAGGCCCCUUCCCUCCAUUGCUGCGCGCAGUGACCUUUGCUCCUGCUUCCUCGGCUGCCUAUGGCGCUCUUCUGCUCGGCGGUGGCAUCUUUGCUUAUGUGAGAUAUGUGAGCAAGGGGUCUGUGAUCGGAGGUUUAUCUGGAGCUUUGGAAGGUUGAUUGCAUUGUGUGGUCUGGUUCAUAGCUAGCUACACUUGGUAGCUCUAAAAAGCUUCUAGUAUUGCUGAUCUUGAAGCAUUAAGAAUUUGAGAGUCACUUGCUUCAGGGAGUUAUCCUUAACUGAUGUUAUAAUGAGUACUAAUGUAACAAGCCAAGACAUGGCCUCCAUGAAUGAAGAAAGCAACUUUACUAGUCCAGAGAACCAGCCAGUGAAACGCAAACGUGGUCGACCUCGAAAAAGUGAGAGUCCUGGAUUAGAGCGUGUUAAUAAGGCUCAGUCUGUUUUGACCAAUCCAACUGGUAGUUCGACUGAUGGCCUUGUAGGUCAGCCAGUUUCUGGCCAUCUGGAUGGUGCCUUUGAUUGCGGCUAUCUUUUAACUGUUCGAGUUGGUCCGUCUGGACCUGUCUUCAAGGGCAUGGUCUUUGAGCCUGGCCGAUCUGUUCCUGUCACAGCAGAGAAUGAUAUUGCUCCUCAUCUUCCUAUGCAACAAAGAGUAGAUGUAAUGCAAAUGGUUGGAGAACAGAAUCAAGCUGCCGCUUCCCGAUCACCACAGGCUUCCCAAAGAACUGAUACUUCUAUUCCCUCUGCUACUGGCCACAUGCCUGAGGGUUCAUCUGACAAAGUUCCUGUUGCUCCUCCAAUGCAUGCUUCAGAAGGAAUAACAGAUGAUGCAGACCCAAGCACACAGAAUGAGGCUGAUGCUUUGCAGUCCGAACUUUUGAAGCUGGGUAACGUGGAAACUACUACCGAAAAGGUUACUUCUGAUCCAGGCCCUCAAGCUGCGCUUGAACCUAACCAAUCUGAAAAUAAUACAAUCCCAAAUGUGUUUUCAUCUUCAAAUGAGGGGGCUCUUCCAGUGACCGCCCAAGGUUCUGAAGCUCAUGUUGGAGAGGGAGUUCAGGCAUCUAGUGAUAUUGAAGUAGGCCUGGUGGAAGUUGCAAAAGACGCACAUGGGACUGAAACUUCUGACGACAUUGUGCUGGGAAAAGAAAUUGGAAGUGAAGUACCAGACUCCCUUGGGCUAGGAGCUCAACUUCAAACCAAUGCUUCACCAAAAGAUCAGAUCAAGGAAUUGCAAGACUUGAAGGAACAAACUGCAGACACUGAUCUUCCAACUUCUGAAGCUAUGACGUCUCAUGAUGAAUCUGGGGUGAUGCAGACAUUUAACCAAACUGAAGUUGGCAUGGACAACCAACCUGCUCAUUCAAGCUAAAUUUUCUAGUAAUGGCUGCUGAUAAUAGUCUAGCUUGACUUUGGACGCAGUAUUAUCUUGUGAUCAGAUUUUUCUAACCUAGAUCUUUUUGCUUAGGCAGAUGUUUUGAUAUUUAUUUUCGGACUUGACAUAGUAUUAUUGUACAUGUGGUAUGCAUUUAGCAUUAGAUUUGAGAUUUUGAAGUAUUUUGAACAUUGGAAUGUUGUUGCGCCAACAACGCUGUUAUUAUAACAGUGUAAUGUUGUUUUUGCA